UGAAAGGUUUACAUAUAUAUAUAUUGACAGAACAAGUGUAUAUGAAGACAAGUACGUUUAGUUUUGUUCAUCAGCUGAUUUAAAGCAUAAUGAUAAGGUUGUAUACAUUACACUCCUACUAUCAUUAAACCCUGUUACAGUCUUCUUCUAGAUACUAGUGAAUGUUUAAUAAGCUACCUCCUGUCAGUCGGACUUAAAUGUCAAGUGUAUUCUGCCACAACACAGAGUGAUGAUACAAUCUAGUAAGAUAACUGAGUGUUUAUGAUGGAGUUUAAGGGGCAUGUCCCCUUAGAUUUAGGUUCUCUUCAUGAAAAAGGGUGACACGUGAUAAAAAUGGCACAACGGGUGUUAAACUUUGCUCCUCCAAUCACAGAGGCUAUCCCGUGGGAUGGAAUGACAUACAGAGAAGUUCUGUUAAAAAGUCCGUCAGCUGAUCCAAAUGCUGAAAAGAAGGAGGAUUGUGAAACAGAAGUAAAACUUGAAAAAAACGCUGAAUCUAUUCCAGGAGACACUGCAUUGAAGAAGGAACUGAAUAAAAUAGAACCUGCAGACAAUUGCAAAUCCAAAGACAGUUGUGAAAUCAUUGGCAUUUAUAAACUUCAGCACAAAAAUGAAGAAAUAUUGGCUGAGAAUAAAGGACUAACAUUUGACGAGUUUGUAAAAAAAUACAAAGAGUUAGACCCCGGACUAGACGCAAGUAUUGAUAAAGAGAAAAGAGGUUUAAAAGUAAAAUUACAUGAACUAGGGGAUAGAAAGUGCACUGAGCUUGGAAGACAAUUUUCAAGAUCACAAAGUUUUAGAGGUGGACGAUAUACUAGAUAUCAAAGGCAAAGGUUUAAUCACUAUGGUAACAGAUAUCAAGGAAGAGGGCACUACAGGGGAAGAAGACCAUACAAUAAUAUAUACAGAGUUAACUUCCAAAGAGGAUCACAGUUUCGAGGAUCAGGUCCAGUCAGACCCUAUUUUCAGCAUCCAAGAUCUACAGGACAUAGAGUACAUCUUAUUAGUGUCAGUAGUCAAACUGACCAAAAUGAUAAUGAAGUUAAAAGUGUUCUUCUAGAAGAAAACACUCCAUUCAAACCAAUUGAAGUUGAAGGUGGAGAACAAGCAAAUGAUUGUGAAAGAAGGUCUAGUGAUGUCUCAAAUAUUAGUGAAAAGCUGACAUCUGAGAGUUAUACUGAAACGAGUGAUUUUGAGAGUGAUAUUGAAAUCAUUAUUGAUUCAUCUGCAUUUAGAUACGAUCAAAGCUUGAUUGAUAGUGUUCGAUUAGGAAUCCGAGCAGAUAGCUUAAAAGCACAAUGUGAGAAAGACUAUGAUCAGUAUAAUAACAAUGAUAAUUUGUGCAAGAAACCUUUUGACAAUCUUUGUAAUCUUGGAUCUACUGGAUUUACUAGUGAGAGUAGUAGUGUUAGUGAUGCCUAUAGAACUCCUGAUCAACUUGAGAUCAACAGUUCCACCGGAGAAGGAACAAAGGCUACAUUAAAUGUAUUUGUGCCGGAGUUCAAACCCCUUCAAUCACUAAGUGAAUCCUUUCAAUUGCCAAAUAAUGCUUUGUUAAAAAGCAUUAGAGAGCAGAAUGAAGAACAUGUUUCAAAUUUGCAGAGAAAAUUGACGCAAGAUUUACCUGAACUUCCUAAUUCUUCAAAUUAUGAAAAAGUGUUUUGUGAAAUUCAAACUUCCUGCCACAUUUUACAGGAAGAAAGUUCAUUGCAACAAAUUGAUGACCAAUCCAAUGAGUUAAAACUUCAUUUUUAUGCAAAAAAGGAUUUUAAUAAUAACAUUCAACAAAAGCAGAAUUUAGAAGAGAAUCUACAACAAGAAGCUAUUUCUUGUAUCAUAAAAAACGAACUACCUGAGAUGACUUUCCUGGAACUAAAUGUUGAUACAAGUCUUGAUGUAUAUGAUCCCAGAAAUGUUCAACAAAGAGUUUUUACCUCUGGAGAUAAAUGUUACCAAGAGUUUUAUCCUCGAGCCCUGACAUCUUAUUCACAAGAUAAUUUCCCUUAUGGAGAACCAUUACUGAAGGUUUAUAACCAUGAAGAAGAUUAUCAGGAUUACAGUUUAAAUUCAGAGCCUUACAUCCAGAGCCUAGACUUUAGUGAUAAUUCUUUUUUACCUCUGUCAGAUCUGCCUAUAUCUUUUAACGCUCAGUGUUCAGAUAUUGGAUUAGCAGAGGGUCAUUUACCAGACCUAAAAUAUCCUAUAUGUGAACUAAAAGUCAAUCAUUCACAGCAUGAGGAAAGUACUCCACUUAGUCGAUUAAAUGACACUGUGCAUUUUCAAGAAAUAACGCUCGCCAACUAUAAAUUUGAUAUGGUAUUCUAUGGCGAAAAUUUCGAGCCAGAGGUUGAAUACAACGAUCCUAGCGGCCUGCAGGAGAAACUAGAGCGCCUCAACCAGAUAAUGAGCGGGGAAUGGGAACAGCAAAGACGACCUUUCCUAAACCAAUCUGGAUAUUCUGAGGAUAGUGAUUACACCUCCGAUAUUAACUUUCCUAUUCAUCUUCCACCAAACCAGGCUCAGGCUCAAUACCUACAGGUUGCAGACACCUUGCCAAAUUCACAUUCCAUUGAAAGCUAUUGCUCCGACGAUCCUUUCAAGGAUUCUCAAUUCCUGGAUACCGAGCAGUACCCUGCAGCCUCAAGGUUUAACGUUGGCACCUACGGUCCAGGAGGGGAAGGUCUCCUUCCUCCUGGUGAAGACGACAUCACGGAUCAGUAUUAUGCAGACCAGUAUGACCAGUAUUAUAGAUAUGGAUGGGAUGACCAGUACUAUGAAUACGAUGAUACUGGACAUGAAGGAUGGAUCCAAGAUGAAUAUGGAGAAUGGCACCAGGACCCCAACUACGAUUUGAACAAAUCCGCCUCAAACACUUCAAAUAAAGAAAACAAGGAUUCCUUACUGAAUAAAAUCAACAAUGAGAAGGACGAAGCUGGUAAUUACUACAUCCCAUAUGGAGCCGGGUACAAGGACGGAUACAAAUACCCGGAGAAAACUGAGCAAGGACUAACCCCAGCUCCGGAUACAAAACUAGUUAAAGAAAGUGAUAUAGUUAAAUCCAGUGAUACCAGUCUAAACAAUCGGACCAAACCUGUGGACGUGAAUCCCGGUCCUAGUUUGGACCCUGAAAACAAUGCAAAAGAUAAUUCUUCCAAGCCCCCAAUGGCGACUGUGUCCCGGGCAAAACCUUCCGAUUACGAUGAUGCUUGGUAUGAGGAGAGUGAUGGACAGUUUUACAAUCAGUAUGAUUGGUACGAGGACGACAAUGGAGAAUGGCAGUAUGAUUAUAGAUUGGAGGAGUACGGUUAUGUACAAAAUGAGUUGGGAGAGUGGGGACCACCUGAUGGGGCUGAACCUCAGCUCCAGCAAGCAAACCAAUCAGUGCCUUCACAAGAUAGAUCAAAACAAUCCUCAGCUGCGCCUGGGUACCCGGACACUAGUUUAUCUUUGGGAUCCAAACCUCAAGAAAUCAAACCUGCAGAUCAACCAGAAUCCAAUCUUUUUAAAGGGCUUUCAAGCUUCAGCAGUGGAAUCAUGGGAGCAGCUAAAGAAGCUGCUUCCUCAGCAGCUCUUGCCGUUGACAGCAUCGCUGAUGCAGCUGAUGCUGCCCUUGAAGCUGCUUCUGAGUCAGUUCCGGAUGUAAAAAUCGCGCUUCCUCAGCUUCCUCAAAUAUCUGAGAAAGUACAUUCUAAAUCCAAUGGAUUUCUUCCGACCGGCUUCAAUGCAACAAAUGGUACAACUUCCGACGACUUUUAUACUACAGAUGGACUUGUUGGUAAGCAGGUUGGAUCAGCUAAGAAGGCUCCUCUACCCCCUAAACCGGCGGAUUAUGAUGAUUACUGGUAUCAAGCAGACGACGGAUACUGGUACAACGAGUACGAUGACCUCGGAUAUGAGUUUGCGGCGGAGGAUGUCCUCCUCGUGGAACAGGAGAAUCAUAAGAUUGAGGCCAAGCUGGAAUCUGAGAAACCGGAAACCGGAAGUCUAACCCAAAGUAAGGUUAAAAAGCAAAGAUCAACGGACGGAUUCUCCGCUCUUUUCAGUAGCUGUCCAACUCCGGGAGCUAAAGCCGAGGAACCAAUACCUGUUGAAGUCAAGCAUCAGAGCUCCAAACCUGUUAAACAACCAAGACCGGAGGAUUUUGAUGAUUACUGGUACCAGGAGGAUGAUGGAUCCUGGAGGAAUGAAUACACAGAUCUAGGAUAUGAGUUCGCUGAGGAUGAUGAUUUCUACUCUGAGGAAGAGUUAAAGAAGGCCGAGGAAAGUCUUUACAAAAAUACAGAUAAGAAAGCUGAACCUGUCCAACCAGACCUCUUCAAGAAGGUUGAACCCGUUCCAUCCGUUCAACCUUUAGUUCAGAUUCAGAAUCAAACCCCUUUUUCUCAGCCUAAAGAACCUGUGAUCAAACAUGUUGAAGAAAUCAAACCUUUACCACCCCAGACCAAAGCUCAGGAUCCCCCUAAACCAGUGGAACCCGUAACCAAACAUGAACCUAGUGUAGAACAGUUGCAACAGGUUAAACAGAAACCAGCUAAACCAAUGAACGGUAAGGUUUCCUCAUUGAUAGAGGAGAAACGUGAACCGUCUCCGCGUAAGGAGAGAAAGAAACCGUCAGAUUAUGAGGAUAUGUGGUAUCAGGACUAUGAUGGAAACUGGUAUAAUGAAUAUGAUGAUAUGGAUGAGGAUGAUAUGCCUGAGACUGAAUCUAUCCGGGAUGCAGAUCCUGUAUCUAGUGCUCAUGGUACACCAGGAAAACUUAAGGGUGUCAGCUUCGAUCGGGAUGAUGCUGUCCCAAUGCCAUUAAGAGAACGAAUCAAUCAGAAUCCCAAGGAUAGGUGGCAGUGGGCUUUUACGAAGAUUCUCCAGCAAAACCGCGUAAUAAAACGACUGGAACGGGAGCGAAGGAAGGAGGUUCAAGCUCAACCCUUGACACAGAAGGUUCAACCUGCAGCAGACCAGAUACAUGAGGCAAGCAGCCAGGUUUCCGACCAACCGAGCUCCGUAUCCAAGGUUGACCUUCCUCAGGACACGACUAAAGCUUCAGCUCUUGUAGAAAAACAGGUUACAAGAGAUCCCCACCAUCUCUCUAAACCUCUGGACUAUGAGGAGUGUUGGUACGAGGGAGAGGACGGAUUGAUGUAUAAUGAAUACGAUGAUGAACUUGAGGAGGGAUAUUACUACUCAGAUGAACCUAAAGCUAAAAUACCUAAAGAGCAAACUAAACCAGAACCUACUCCUAGUGUUGAAGCGUUGAAGGGAUUACCCCGACCUGCAGAUUACGAGGACUACUGGUAUGAAGGAGAGGAUGGGUUGAUGUAUAAUGAAUAUGAUGAUGAACUUGAGGAAGGACAAUUCUAUGCUGAACCUGUUCUUGCAUCAAAACUUAAACCUAAUGAGUUUAAAAACAAAAAUGAAGAUGCAGCAGCUACAGCUGCUUCUGAAGCUUCCAAGGCAGCAGAGGAAGCAGCCAAAGCUGCUGCAGAGGCUUCUAAGAACCUGUUGAAGGGAAUGUCUGGAUUGGGCGGUGGUUUCAUGGAUUCUUUGAGCUCAGGGACUAAACCUAAAGCUGAUACUAAAUCUCAAUCUGGGUUUGGGUUCGGGGGACUUGGUGGUUUGUUCGGUUCAACCGAACCCUCAAAGAAACCAGCUCCAAAACCAGUACAAACGAAAAAACCAGAGCCAAAAACUCAAGACAAACCUGCUACUGUUCCUACGUCUUUAACUAAAACUAAAACUGCUCUAACCCCCGCUCCUGCUCCAGCUUCAACACCUGCUCCAGCUCCAACCCUUGUCUCUGCUCCAGCCCCUGUUACUGCUUCAAUCCCUGUUGCUCAAUCUCUCUCUAAACCUGAACCUGUUGCAAAAUCCGAACCAAUUCAAAUACCACUGGAUAUUCCUAAACAAUCUGAGCAGACAAAUGCUGAUUCAAAACCUGAAAUAAAUGAAGACGACCUCAUCAAUAAACCGUGCACUGCACGGAUGACCGCUAGGCAGCGCUGGCGAUGGGCGUACAGUUUUUGUAGACAGGUCUCACGCUGGAAGGUCCCUGCAGCUCCGGACCCUCAACUGCAACCUAUCCCUGAGCCAGGACAACCUACCGGAGGAUUACCCCGCCCUGAGGACUAUGAUGAUCACUGGUACGAGGGAGAUGAUGGUCUCUGGUAUAACGAAUACGACGAUGAGCUUGAGGAAGGACAGUACUAUGAAGAGAUCCCUGAGGAGGAAGGAUAUCCUAAACCUGAUCUUACUGCUGUAGAGGAGACUGAAGAAGCACAGGAGGAGAACAAAAAAGAAGAAGUUCCUGUACCGGAACCAGAACCUCAACCUGAACCAAAACCUGUAGAAGAAAUUAAACCUACCCGUAAGUUUAGUAAGGAUCAAGAUAGAGAUGAUGCUGAUUUGGAUCCUGAUCUAAAAGCAGCUCAAGAAGCUGCUAAAGCGGCUGGAGAUGCCGCAAAGAACCUUCUAGGUGGAGCAAUGAGCUUCGGAGGUGGACUCCUUGGAGGACUUGGAGGUAAACCUCAGCAGAAACAGCAGUCCGGUUUUGGUAUCUCAGGGUUUGGUCUGGGAGGUAUGAUGGGAGGACAACAGAAACCUACUCCAACUAAAAAAGAACCUGUAAAACAUAAACCUCAGAUGAAGAAACAGGACGCAGUCGAGGCCUCUGCUCAGGGUCAGACUGGAGAACCGGCGGAAAUUGAGAAGAAACCUUCAACAGAAGAACCGGAAAACGAAGACACAGAGAAGAUGGAAGAAACAAAAACAGAAGAAGCUUCAAGACGGGAAUCCGUUAAACCCAAGAUAUCAGGAGAUGAGUCUAAGGAGGAACCAAAGGUUGAAAAGCAGGAUUCAGUUGAAAGCAAGAAGAGCGUAACCUUUGAUGUACCGAAGAAGGUUGAGAAACAACGAGAAGAACGUCACAUCAACAAAACGAGAACGAUGCGACCGAAGGAGAAGUGGGAGUGGGCGUUUAGUAAUAUCAUGACAAAGCUGGAGGAGAAGACCGGAGACAAUGAUCCAACCCGAUCCGGAGCAGACAACCCGUUCUUCAAGGAUAUUGAUAGUAUGCCGGAGUUUAGACCCAGGAGGAAAUCCAUCCCUCUUGUAUCAGAAUUGGUUCUAAAGACGAUGGCAAUAAAACGCAACGCGUCAGGUUUAACCCCUGCCCUUCACCGACCCAGCCUAGAUAAUGAAGAACUGAAAAUGCACGUGUAUAAGAAGACCCUGCAGGCCUUGAUUUACCCAAUCUCCAGCACAACACCACACAACUUCGUUCUUUGGUCAGCAACCUCCCCUACAUACUGCUACGAGUGCGAGGGAUUGCUCUGGGGGAUAGCGAGACAGGGAGUGCGGUGUACCGAAUGCGGAGUAAAAUGUCAUGAAAAAUGUAAGGAUUUACUGAACGCUGACUGUUUGCAAAGGGCUGCUGAGAAGAGCAGCAAGCAUGGAGCAGACGACAAGGCCAACACGAUCAUCAUUGCCAUGAAGGAGAGGAUGAAGGACAGGGAGAAGGACCGGCCCGAGAUAUUUGAGCUAAUCAGGAAUACCUUUAACAUAACACUGGAUAUUCAUCGUCGAUAUUUGGAAAUAACAAGAGCCCUAGUUUUAGAGGGAACCAGCAAAUGGUCCGCUAAAAUUGCAAUAAAAGUGGUUUGCGCCCAGGGGUUGAUUGCCAAGGAUAAAACAGGAACUAGUGACCCCUAUGUCACGGUUCAGGUUGGAAAAGCUAAGAAGAGAACCAAAACUGUUCCGCAAGAACUCAACCCAGAAUGGAACGAAAAAUUUUCAUUUGAAUGCCAUAAUUCGAGUGACCGGAUCAAGGUGCGAGUUUGGGACGAGGAUAACGAUCUAAAGUCUCGACUCCGACAGAAACUAACUCGAGAAUCUGAUGAUUUCCUGGGACAAACAAUUAUUGAGGUCCGAACCCUGUCUGGAGAGAUGGAUGUUUGGUACCACCUGGAGAAGAGAUCAGACCGUAGUUCUGUCUCUGGUUCUAUCCGGUUACAGAUUAGUGUAGAGAUCAAAGGAGAAGAACAGGUUGCUCCGUACCACUCUCAGUACACCUGCUUGCACGAAAACCUGUUCCACUACCUGUGUGAGAAGAAUGGUGGUGAGGUGAUCCUACCUGAAGCCAAGGGAGAGGAGAGCUGGAAGGUUUAUUUUGAUCCUCCUGCCCAGGAUAUAGUAGAUGAGUUCGCUCUUAGAUACGGGAUAGAGUCUAUCUAUCAAGCUAUGACGCAUUUUAACUGUCUGUCCACGAAGUACCUGUGUGCCUGCGUACCGGCCAGUAUGUCGACCCUGCUCGCCAAUAUAAACGCGUACUACGCCCAUACUACAGCAUCAACAAACGUGUCCGCUAGUGAUAGAUUUGCGGCAUCAAACUUCGGGAAAGACCGGUUUAUCCGUCUACUUGAUACCCUACAUAACUCCCUACGGAUUGAUUUAUCUAUGUACAGAAACAAUUUCCCAGCCAGCUCACAGGAGAAACUACAAGAUCUAAAGGCAACUGUGGAUCUACUUACAUCAAUUACAUUCUUCAGGAUGAAGGUUCAAGAACUAACAUCUCCUCCCAGAGCUAGCACCGUGGUCAAGGAUUGUGUGAAAGCCUGUUUACGGUCAACUUAUCAGUUCCUAUUUGAGAAUUGUUACGAGCUCUAUAACAGGGAGUUCCAGGUUGAUCCUAACGAGGCUAAACGAGACGCCGAGGACACUGGACCGAGGCUGGACGACCUUGAAUUCUGGCACAAGUUGAUCGCCCUCAUAACCUCCGUGGUGGAGGAGGACAAGAACUCCUACGGACCCGUCCUCAACCAGUUCCCUCAGGAGCUCAAUAUAGGACAGCUUUCCGCAUCUACGAUCUGGGCCCUGUUUGCUACUGACAUGAAGUACGCUCUGGAGGAACAUGAGCAGCAUAGACUUUGUAAAUCAUCAACAUACCUCAACUGCCAUUUCAGGGUGAAAUGGUUGUACAAGACCUAUGUAGCUGAUGUCCCACCGUACAAGGGUGCAGUGCCUGAAUACCCGGCUUGGUUCGAAGCCUUCGUGAUGCAGUGGUUGAAUGAGAACGACGAUGUUUCCUUGGAGUUCCUGCACGGAGCUUAUACUAGAGAUAAGAAGGAUGGGUUCCGGAAGAACACUGAGCACUCGAACUUCUCCAGCUCUGUGGUGGACGUGUUCACUCAGCUCACCCAGUGCUUCGAGGUCCUACAGAAGUUGGAGUGCCUGAACCCUGGUAUCUGGAACAGAUACAUGCAUAGGUUUGCAAUGACGGUGGUAAAGGUUUUAACUGCCUAUGCUGAUCUGCUGAAGAAUGAUUUCCCGAAUCAUCUUAAGGACGAACGCACGGCGUGUGUGUUGAUGAACAACGUGCAACAGACGAGGAUCCAGCUUGAGAAAACCUACCAGAGUAUGGGUGGAUCAGAACUUAAUUCUGAAGCUGCUGCAAUACUCAACCAACAGCAGUCUACGCUUAAUGUUGUUCUUGACGCGCUCGCGCUCAAAUUUGCGGAGAGUAUCAGCGGGAAGGUGGAUAACUCCGUGAAACAGACGGGUAAACUUCUGACAGAGAUCAAGGGUGGAGGCCAGGGACAAGCCAUAUCUAAAUCCGAGGUCGCAGCCCUAGCAGACAGUAUCCUCGGUCCACUAAUGGAUCUGCUUGAUGGCUCGUUGUCAAUGUAUGCUGAGAACUGUGAUAAAUCAGUACUGAAACGGUUGUUAAAACAACUCUGGAAAAUUGUGAUGAAAAGUUUAGAGAGAAAUAUAGUGCUGCCACCUAUAAAUGAAAAGAAGGCCCUGAAGAGCCUGGUUGGCGACGCCAAGAACGUGGCCGAGUCUGCCAAGAAGGUUGAAGAUGUCACCAGCUUCCUCAAGAAGGGUCUCAGUGCCAAGGCUGAUGUCAAGAAUGUGAUGAACGUUGUUUCGGAUAUCUCUAAGGAAGGAGAGAGGAGUUUAACCCCUAAGCAGUGUGCUGUACUAGAAAGUGCGCUUGAUGCGGUCAAACAAUACUUCCAUGCAGGUGGGAACGGAUUAAAGAUUUCUUACGUGAACAAAUCUGAGGAGUUGAAGUCCUUGCACCAUGCACUGUCCCUUUACACACAGACCACAGACGCACUUAUCAAUAACUUUGUAUCCUCACAGACAAAUCAAGAUUCCUCCAGUAUAGAUGGUGUAGUUGGAGAAGUAUCGGUUCAGGUUGAUCUCUAUACUCAUCCGGGUACUGGAGAACACAAGGUUACGGUUAAAGUGGUUGCCGCUAACGACCUGAAAACACCAAAGACCCAAACCUUUAAACCUUAUGUGGAGGUGAAUCUAAUAGGACCCCAUCUAGCGGACAAAAAGAGAAGAUUUGAAACUAAAACCAAAAAUGCAAACUGGUCGCCAAAGUACAACGAAACCUUCCAUUUCAUAAUCGGUAACGAGGAUCAACUGUCCGCCUACGAGCUCCAUAUCGGAGUGAAGGACUACUGCUUCGGCCGGGAGAACAGGCUGAUAGGUGUCUCCGUGAUGCAGCUCAAGGAUAUCAUGGACCAGGGCUCUUGUGCUUGCUGGCUUUCACUUGGCAAACGAAUUCAGAUGGACGAAACUGGUUGGACGAUUCUACGAAUAUUAUCACAGCGGACAACGGACGAAGUUGCGAAAGAAUUUGUAAAGUUAAAGUUAGAGGUGCGAAGUGACGAACCUCUGAAUUAGGUUUGAAAACUAAUUUCCAGUCUUAACCCCAUCUAGUGUCAACCGUUCUACAAUCUACUCUUUUCAUCUACUUAUAGUAACCCAAACUAUACUUAAUAAUUCUAGGUUCAGUCCGUACAAUUAUAGUUUUAAAUAUUGACUCCCACAUAAACUAGUGAAGGGGGCUAAACACCAGUUUUGGUGCUGAAACCGGUUACAUUGCAUUGUACACACUGUAAAUACUGUACAUACUGUACAUAGUGCUGUUGUAGAGAAACCGGUUUCUGCGGACAAUGUGCACAAACCUCGUGAUAUAAACAUUGAACUUUGUUUUCCGUGUACACUGUACAUACUGCUGUAACGGCUAUAGUAUGAUUUCUAUAUCUAAUGCCGUUUUUUCCAUAUCUUUUGUAUAAUCAACAAUCAUGUUGUUACGUUAUAUAUAUAUAUGUUAUCGAGACCAUGCCUUAAUAUUGUUAAACACCUAGAUAUGAUUUAUAUUGUGUAAAUAUUAUUAAACUUAUAAUUUAUCUCAAUAUUCAAUGUUUUUAGCUAAGCUUAAAUUUCAGAUUUCUGAUACUAUACAUAUAUAGAUUUUCAUAUAUAUAGUUCUGAACUUUUGCACCACAGAGUGUGAUACACAAUAUUCCUUAAGUCUACUUACAUUCAUUCAUUUCUUAUGGGACCAACUUCAGAUUCGAGUCCCACACCUCGUGUUUUAUUUCCUCCUAGAAUUCAUCUGUUUGCCCUUUAAUUUCGCCUUACAGAGUUUAUUGUAACAUUUUGUAUCUAGAAUUGUAAUUUAAACAAUAAUUAUGUAUUUUUUCAAACUUUGUUAAACAUGUCACCUUUCUUUAGCUUGCCUAAACUAAUGUAGGUUUUGUGGUGCUGGAUAAAAGGCCUGUAUUGUUUGAAACAGAACAUAAUUUUGUUUAUCCUUCAAAACAGUGUGUAAGCAUUGCAACAUGAGCAUCACAAGGUUUCUCAAUGAAAUGUACAUGACAAAUAUGUGAUCACAUUCAUUUCCAUGUACGUACAUUCCAGUGUACAACUUUACAACUAUUUUACACGUUGUACAUAAUAGUUGUAUCAAACUGCAGACACAUGUUUUUAAUCAGUUGGAGUUUAAAAAAUUUAACACAUUGUCAUUCUAUGUUUUUUGGAAAUAAGCAACUUAUUUGUACAUUUUGAAUAAUACCAUGCAGUACAACUGAUCAGACGGAAAUGUAUUCGAUUGUACAAAUUUGUUUAACAACUCCUAUAAUUUCGAAUUACAAUGUUAAUUGUUCUCCUUGUGCUAAUUUCAUUUCCAAACAUUUUCAUUUAUAAUUUUCAAAAUUUUUCCAUUCCUUUUCUUAUAUUCUCCUUUAUUCUCCUAGUCACCCUUCUUCCAUACCUUCUCUUAUAUUCUCCUAUAUUCUCCUAGUCACCCUUCUUCCAUUCAUUCUCUUAUAUUCUCCUAUAUUCUCCUAGUCACCCUUCUUCCAUACCUUCUUCUAUACCUUCUUCUAUAUUCUCCUAUACCACCCUUCUUCCAUACCUUCUUCUAUACCUUCUUCUAUUUGCUCCUAUACCACCCUUUUUUCUUAGCCUUCUCCUACAGAUUAACUCAGAAAUUCGGAGAUCGAAAGAAUGUAUAAAAUGUCGUCUUAACAAUUUUUCGAUGGGUUUUAUACUAUUAUACCUAAAUGUCAGUAAUUGUAAAAUAAUAUAAAAAACCAUGAAUAUAAGGGAACAGUUUUGAUCAUAUUUUUAUAUUCAUACAUAACUUUUCAAUUAAAAAACUAAAUAUCUGCAGCAUUCCAUUAUCAAUCAGAAGGUUUAGAAAACGACAUUUUAUAUUUCUUUCGAAGUACUGGGCUAAUGUAUAUUCUCCUUUACCAACCCUGUAUAUUCUCGAAUCUUAUUCUUCUUCCAGGUUCUCCUUGAAGCACAAUGAAAUCAGUUUUAACUAAUUGUAAAACUCUUCCUGUCCCCGCAUCUUUAAAUCACCACAAUUCAUCAUGCUCAUUCAUAAUGCUUAAUUUUUAUCUAAAAUUAUUUAUAUGUAUUCUUCAAACUAUGUUUUAUUCUCUUAACUUUUGUUUUCUUGGCUCCAUCCAUCUGACUUCCAAACAGGACUGUUCUACUACAUUUGUUGAAUAAAUUCGUUAAUCAUAUAUAUUAUGCAGAAAGUUAAAGUCAACGUUUCAAGGGAGUUUCUAUUGUAGAGUGGCAUGUCCGAUUUACAACGGUAUAUUUUUAUUUGUGAUUUCUCUGUACAAUUUACUUGCGCAUUUCUGAUGGGGGGGAUGGAGGAAGUUAUCGAAAUUAAACACUUUUCGACCUGGUAAAACGACGAUAUUUGCAAUUUACUUUAUCAGAUAAAGGUUUACAAAGAAUUGUUGUUACUAAGGUAGGGCCAUGAGAGUUUAUAUUAUGAAUAAAUAUUAAAUAUU